AUGACCUCGCGACAGCGGUCCAGCGCAGAGGAAGAGCCGCUUCUGGGGCAAGGCGAGGCCGGCACUCUUUCGCCUCCGACAGAAGGGCUGUGGCCGCUGAUCGUCGUGCUCAUCACUUCGGCGCUCUGGUCGCUCGCCGACUUUGCACCCAAAGCUGCUGCCAUAGAUGCGCUGAGGAAGUUCUCGUGCGCAGAGUUCUACAGUGUGCACCCACACCCUUCGCCAGCAGAUUUGCAGGCUUGGAUGACGCAGAGCAGUGGAGCUGUCGAGUCAUCGAGCGCGAUGCUAGGCGCCUCUGGUGCGGCAGACUUUGCAAAGAGGGCGGCGAUGAUGCUGCUUGCUCCGCGAUCCUUGGCUUUGCUCAACUCGCACGCCAGCGUUCAUGCUGCGACAUCGCUGCCCCACUCUCCUUCCUACUUUUGCACAGAAGGACCCAAUCGCCCCGCCAUCGAGGCGCAGACUGCUCGCUACGUCCUCAUCACCGACACGCUGACCUCUCUGCUCACCCUGCUGGCCAUCUUCUACUUUGGCCCCAAGUUGAGCAAGUGGGGUCGCAAGCCAGUGCUCUUGAUCAGCUUGAGCGCAAUUCUCGUCAUGCAAAUCGGCUUUCUAGUGCUCCCGAUAGCGUAUCCAUACGGGCCAGACGUGCAUCAGGUCGGCAUACAUCCUGUAUUGACCAUGUACCUCAUCAUCGGCGGUUACGUCAUUUCAGGUUUGUUGGGAAGUGUGAGUGUCGGCGCGAGCGAGGACGAGUGCAGUGUACGCGACGCGGGACGUCGAGCUGACGCCUUUUAGUCGUGCGCGCGUCUAGGAAAUGCUGCCGCUAGUCACCUUUCGAACGUUGGUCGCCGAUCGCUCCACUGCCGCAAAGCAGACUCGCAACCUCACUUGGCUCACGCUGACGUACCUCGGAGGCGUCAUGUUUGGGCCGCUGCUUGCCGGCCUCCUCGCGGAGAUCUUUCCCAUCACCUCCAACCGCAUCGACGCUGCGCUCGAGUCGGAAUGGUGGUACUGGAUGAAGAGCGAGGCUCCCGAGCAGCCGCCGGUCUCGACUCCUCAACCCGUUCCUCCUUUGCCUCCCGGCCGAGCAGACGAGCGCAACGUGACGCCAUUUGUCGUUUCAAUUUCGUUUGCAAUCCUCGCGCUCCUGUUUGCCGCGUUCUUUGUCGCCGAGUCGAACCCGACGCAGGCGAGUGCGCCUAGCGAGGCAGAGGAGCAGGAUGUCGGCGCCUCGCAAAGCACCGCACCGCGCCGUACAUCCCUCGCCUCGAAGCUCGGUCCACUGCGACUGCUCGUACCGCCCAAAGUCGACGGCAAGAGGGAUUGGCGGUACUCGCGCCUCGCACUCGUUCAAAGCGCUGGAACUUCGGGUGGCACGGGUCUCACGGUGCUCAUCGUUGGGACGGGUCACGUAUGGGCUUGGGAUCCUUCCUCGGUCGGCUUUAUGCUGUCUUGGAUAGGUGGAAGCCGAGCAGUGGUUCUCUUUGCCGUCGUGCCGCUGCUCGUCAAGUUGACGGAAAAGAUUGUGCCCAAGCCAAUGCAGCUGGUUGGUCUUUCGGAUGCAGAGUUGGAGCGACUGGCCAAGGGAGCGCGCUCCGAGGACAUCGGUGAUGCCGACGAUGAAGAGGACGUGGCGGAUCGACGUGCUGCAACAUCGAGCACCGAUCGACUCGAGGAUCGCGAUUCUGAUGCGCGGUUGAAACCGCUCGUGGUGUUGUGGAGAUGCGCCGUCGAUCUCUCGCUCGCACGCAUAUCCUUCUUGUGAGUGUAGCGAGCACGUGUACACCACCGAACGGCUUGACUGACGUUGGGCGUGCGCGCACACACAGCACGGAAAUGCUGGGAUACAUGAUCAUCUCUACCGCUGCGCUGCUGAGGAACAGCCCGCUGAUGCUGUUUGGCACAGUCUUUCUCUCGCUUGGAGGCGGUUACGCACCGGCAAUGCAAUCCGCCUGCAUUGCUCUCGCUGCAGACGUAUUUUCUGGCGUUGCAGUCGAAGACGAAGCGGGCGCACCCAAUGCUCACAAAUCCCUCGUGCCCAAGAAGCUGGGUUCGGCAGAUGCAGCGCUAUCCGCCUUCUCCAUCAUCGACACGCUCGUGCAGACGUGCGUGCCCAUCGCCACAACCUCGCUCUACGCAGCCACAAACGAGACGUUCCCCCCUGCUCCCUUUAUCCUGAUUACCGCGUUUUACGCCAUCGCUGUGACUGCUCUCAGUGGCUUGAGCCCUCACAGAUCGCAUCAUCACUGA